ACGUUUUUCACUUUUUCCUCUCCGCUGCUUUGCUCCCUUCCGCGUUGGCAGGACGGCCGACGACAUAACAGGGGAAGAGAGAGAGACUGAGAGUUAGAGCGAGAGAUGCAUUACUGGGUUCGGGCGUCGUCUCCGGAAGUCCGCGGAACACUUCCUCAACCUCGAAGUGGUCACACUGCCGUCAAUGUCGGCAAAUCGAAGGUCGUCGUUUUCGGUGGCUUCGUCGACAAAAGAUUUCUCAGCGACAUGGCUGUUUUCGACACUGAGAACAGGUUGUGGUUUCAGCCAGAGUGCACUGGGAAUGGCUACGAUGGUCAAGUGGGGCCUAACCCACGAGCAUUUCAUGUUUCUGUUGCAAUUGAUUGUCAUAUGUUCAUCUUUGGUGGCCGCUCUGGUGGCAAAAGGUUGGGUGACUUUUGGGUCUUGGAUACUGAUAUAUGGCAGUGGACAGAGCUGACCAGUUUUGGUGAUUUACCUUCACCAAGGGAUUUUGCAGCUGCUUCAGCUAUAGGAAACCGGAAAAUUGUUAUGUUUGGUGGCUGGGAUGGUAAAAAGUGGUUGUCAGAUGUUUAUGUCUUGGACACAAUAUCACUGGAGUGGACAGAGCUAUCAAUUUCUGGAUCAUUGCCACCACCUCGAUGUGGGCAUACAGCCACUAUGCUGGAGAAACGGUUGCUUGUCUAUGGUGGCAGAGGUGGAGGUGGGCCAGUUAUGGGUGAUUUAUGGGCUCUGAAGGGUCUUAUUGAAGAAGAGAAUGAAACGCCUGGUUGGACCCAAUUGAAGCUUCCAGGUCAAGCUCCUUCUCCUCGGUGCGGCCACACUGUUACACCUGGGGGUCACCAUCUGUUAUUAUUUGGAGGACAUGGGACUGGUGGGUGGUUGAGUCGUUAUGAUAUUUAUCACAAUGACUGCAUUGUCCUAGAUAGAGUUUCCGCGCAGUGGAAGCGCCUAACGACGAGCAAUGAACCUCCUCCUGCUCGUGCAUACCAUUCUAUGACUUGUAUUGGCUCACGAUUUCUAUUAUUUGGUGGCUUUGAUGGGAAAACCACAUAUGGUGAUAUGUGGUGGUUAGUUCCAGAAGAGGAUCCUAUUGCACAACAUUCGACUGCAACCCCACCAGAACAUCUUCCUGACAACAAAGACAUAGUGGCAGCAAAUAAUACCAUCCGAUCUGCAUUUAAGGAAAGCCAGGAGGAAGAAUCUGCUGUGUCAGAACUACAAAAAAGAUUAGAAAUAUCAAUUACGCUUUCUAGUCCUGAGCUUCAAAUUUUAGACGAGUCAGAAGAUAGAGAAUUUCUUGAACUAGCUUCAAGACUAAUUGGACGAGUAUCUAGUGAUGAACAGAUUCCACACAUUCAGGCAGCUCAGGUGCUUCGCAAUUACUGGAGGAAGUCUACACCUAGCUCAAUAUUUCUGAGAGAGCUUGGCCCUUUGCUUCGUGAUUACCACCGCCUGAUUACACGUUGCCAUCUAAUGGAGGGUGUAGAUUUACAGUCUACAGAGUCAGAAAUUUCUGGAAAAGAAGUGUAUCGGUUUUAUCAUAUUAAGAAUGUUUCUCAGCUGCGCAUGGAUGAUAUUCCCAAGCUACUGGCCGAGUACAAACAGCUUUUAUCGGACUAGGAACAGUGUCAGACCCUUUCUUAUGGGGAAAGUGAAGAACAAGUGGUGGUUUGAAUACUGUCUUCAUACCGUUGUUAUUUUAGCUCCACCAAUGAAUAUUCAUGUCUGAAAUCUUAAAAAAAAUGCCUAAGUCAGUACUACCAUAAAAUAUGCUUUGAGGUCUUAGAUUUUGUAGAAUCUAGAUGCUGGGUUUUACCAUAGGUAGCAACUCUUUUUUAUUCUGUUAUUUAUAAUCCACGUAAUGGAAAUUUAUUACACAUUAGCCA